GUAGCAUGAGGAUCAACAUUUCUGGCAGAAACACGCAUGAGUAACGUACAUCCGCACAAGCGGUGGCGCUAAGUCACCCACCAAUCAACGUUUUGUGUGAGAACUCGGUCCCACCCCACAGAAAACAAAGCCCGUGUGCAUCUAUUCGUUUGUGUCGACGGAAUCGAUCCUGGGUCUGCUUAGUCUACGUAGCCAGUUUGCCGUUCCCGUUCGAGCUGUUCGGCAUUGCCCAUUGGAGGGUUAGCUCGCCCGUACCUGGUCCGACAGCUACUAACCCAUGGUAAACCGCACUUCGACAAACUACCGGCAGCUAAACACCACAUUGAUUGGCAUGUAUCGUAGAAAUCAUCAGGAUCGUGCUUCCAUCCGUCUUCACCCCGAAACCAAAACACAGAGACACCCUAGAAAAAAAGGGCAACUCGUGUCAACUACAACCUACCACGCCAGUCGAACCACUUACAGCAGCGUUUAAGUUGCUGAUAUUUAUGGCACCCCUUGGCACUCUGUGUGCGCUACGCGGUAACCCGCCGCCCCAGAUCUGCCUUGCGUCUCAAGCCAAUUAUAGCGAGACAUCAUCUACGGCAGCCGGGAAACAAUGUACAGCAGUAGCGUUUAGCCCCUGUGCAUAUCACCCCAACGUCUAAGUGCCACCUACUCCCGCCGUCCCUCACGUUGCGUGGAACACAAAACGUAUACAUACAUUUAUUUGUUGACGUCCCAUCUACGAUUCUGGGCGCCAGUGUACACCUUCGGCAUUUGUUUGAUGCGCCAGCGGGGGUCCCACGAGAGGAAUACGCCAAAUUUCCACCUGCGGUGGCUGCGAUCAAGUUUUCAACGCCACAACAGCAGGGAAGCAGUGCAUUUCCCUGCAUGUGCGUUGUGUGCACUUGCGACCCGGACCCUUGGCACAAACUGGCGCCUUCUACCUAAGGCCGAACCAAACCACCCACACCUAACCGUAGCAACGUAUGUUGCUCGUGUCUCCCUUCAACGAGCACUGUCCGCCCUUCUCCAGGUACUUCUGAUGGUAGUCCUCUGCGCGGUAGAACUCCGUGGCUUCUUUGAUCUCCGUCACGAUCGGUUUGUCCAGCUUCGCUUGCUCCGCCGCCUUCGACGCGAGCGCGAUUUCUUUUUGCUCUGCGGAAGUGUAGUAGAUCCCUGAUCGGUACUGAGUCCCGGAGUCGUUCCCUUGCCGGUUGAGAGUUGUCGGGUCGAUCUUGUCCCACAGCACGGUCAAGAGCUCGUUGUACUUGACGACACGUGGAUCGAACUUGACGCGGAGGGCUUCGGUAUGGCCCGUCGAUCCCGAGCACACCUCCUGGUACGUCGGGUCCUUCUUGUGACCGUCGGUGUAGCCCACCUCCGUUUCCAGGACACCCGGGACGCGUUGGUAGGCCAACUCGACGCUCCAGAAACAACCCGCUGCGAAAAUCCCUGUCUCUACAAUCGCUGGAGUAGGCAUUGGAGAGACCGCCUUGGUUACGAUAGCAGCAGCUUCCGGUCCCAAAGACAUUGACUUCGCGUUUCCCAUUCAAGCAAAGGGCAGGUGUAUCGAGGGGUGAGGGAGAAGCAGGAGAAGGAUGAAGAGAGCUGUUGUGUGUUAUGUGUGUGUCAGGUCGAGGCGGGACGAUGGGAUGCCACGGCUCUCGCGGCUCUGCUCGGCAGCAGUGCGAAACACACCGGUGUAUGUGAGCUAUCUAUCCAGGGCUGGACAAGAUGGGCGUAGGAAACAUCUUCGUCGCGACCACUCUGGCCCCUCUGGUGAUUGUGUUGGCAAGUGUAAGCUUGCAGCUGCUCACUAUCGGUCUGGAGCAGCUUGGGAAAUACGCCUCGCACUCCAACAGCAAGAGCCCGCUCUAUCCUUUCAUCAGGAAGGCGCACUUCAUCCUCAACACACAAUGCUUCGGCGACAUGGAAAUCGACGUGAAGAGUUUCUCGAACGUUCUGAUGGUGGCGGUGAUCAUGGCGCUGGUCGGAGUGGCGCUGUCGUUGGGCAGCAUCGAGGACGCCACAUUAGCGGCCAGGGCUGCGAGUAAGGGCAAGGGGACGAAGGCCGCCGCAACACCAAAGAAGAGGGCCGCCAAGUGAAAUGUCACAACCAAUAUAUUGUGUCCAUGCUAGUUUUUUUGGGGUGUGGGUAGUUAUGUCCGUUUUGAGGUACUUUGGCGGGGGAGGUUGUCGAGCCACAAGUAAGUGCUGCUGGAGCUGCUGUGUGGAGGUGGGGUGGGGGGUGGCUGGCAAGUGCGAUACUCCGAACCCCCAGGUUUGGUGCCGUGGUGGGGCGUAGAAGUGUAAUUUUGCCCCAGAUAGCUUGGCAUGUAAAGUGCCCGCACAUGUAGGCCAAGACGUGAUUCAUCUGCUAUUUGUUUCGUCCGUCAUGCAGACCGGUUCGAUACUCGAGAGAGGACGACGCACAGACAGGAAGGCAUUGCUACUCUGCCCUGCCCGAAACUCGUCGGACUUGAUUUUGACUGCUACAUACGGGGUGACUGACGGCAUAUGUACAGUAUCGGCCUUCGUUUGUUGUUUUUGUCACGCCCGUGGUAGAUGUAUGUGUUGCGUCGGGACAAGCAAGCCGGAUGCCACUGCUCCAAGCCCGGAUAGAUGGAU